AUGAAGAAAAAACUGGACGAUCUCACAGACCACUCUCUCCUAAACAGAAUGUGAGGAAGAACCUCGAUUUUGAACCACUCUCCACUACAGCACUUAUUUUAGAGGACAGACCAGCGAACCUCCCUGCAAAACCAGCAGAAGAAGCUCAGAAACACAGACAACAGUACGAAGAAAUGGUGGUUCAAGCGAAAAAAAGAGAGCUCAAAGAAGCCCAGAAGAGAAAGAAACAACUGGAAGAACGCUGCAAACUGGAAGACAGCAUUGGCAGUGCUGUUUUAACGUGGAACAAUGAAAUCUUGCCCAACUGGGAAACUAUGUGGUGUUCCCGUAAAGUUCGAGAGCUAUGGUGGCAGGGCAUUCCACCAAGCGUGAGAGGCAAAGUCUGGAGCUUGGCAAUUGGUAACGAGUUAAACAUCACCCAUGAACUGUACAAUAUUUGCCUGGCUCGUGCCAAAGAGAAAUGGCGAUCACUUAGCAUAGGAGGGACUGAAGUAGAAUGUGAAGAUGCUGGAUUUUCUGCAGCUGACAGAGAAGCAAGCUUGGAGUUAAUAAAACUGGAUAUCUCAAGAACGUUUCCUAAUCUCUGUAUAUUCCAACAAGGUGGUCCUUACCAUGACACGUUGCACAGUAUUUUAGGAGCCUAUACUUGUUACAGACCUGAUGUGGGCUAUGUACAGGGCAUGUCAUUCAUAGCAGCAGUAUUGAUCUUGAACUUGGAUACUGCAGAUGCCUUCAUUGCUUUUUCUAACCUUUUAAAUAAACCCUGUCAGAUGGCGUUUUUCCGUGUGGACCAUGGCCUUAUGUUGACUUACUUUGCGGCAUUUGAGGUAUUCUUUGAAGAAAAUCUGCCAAAGUUAUUUGCUCACUUCAAAAAAAAUAACUUAACACCAGACAUCUAUCUUAUUGAUUGGAUAUUCACAUUGUACAGCAAAUCUUUGCCACUAGACUUGGCAUGUCGUGUCUGGGAUGUGUUCUGCCGUGAUGGAGAAGAGUUCUUAUUCCGUACAGCCCUGGGAAUAUUAAAACUUUUUGAAGAUAUUUUGACCAAAAUGGACUUCAUUCAUAUAGCCCAGUUUUUAACUAAGCUGCCAGAGGACUUGCCUUCUGAAGAAUUCUUCGUGUCUAUUGCUGCCAUUCAGAUGCAAAGUAGAAACAAAAAGUGGGCUCAGAUACUGGCUGCUCUGCAGAAAGAUAACCGGGAAAUGGAAAAAGGAAGUCCUUCACUCAAACGUUAAAAUUAUGGUUGCCUCCAGUGACUCAAGGGAAAAGAGCUAAAGUGGCAAAAGUAUUGAGUACUGUUUGACAUGUAUGAGCCUGCAAAUUAAAGUGUUAUUUCAGAGUUUUGUUUAGUAGUAGAAUAGCCUUAAAGGGGGGAGAGGAAAAAAGAGGAGGGGAGAAAAAAAAAAAAAGGAAGGAAAGAAAUCGGGGGAUAAAACCCUUAUAAGUGAAACCUAGGCUUUGCCUUAAACCUUUAGUGGAAUGAGCAUUUGCUGUGGACAGCGUUACACAUUCUGUACUUCUGAUGAGGGCAGUGAAACUAAACAAUGCUAAGGGGGUUUUUUAAGGUGUUUUUUCUUUGAUGUUUUAAAAUACUGGGCGUUCAGCAUUGUCAGUUAAUUUGAAAACUAUUCCCCAGUUUCAUUCUUAGGCAGGAUGUGUUUCCCAUACCCAUAACAGUAGCUGGAUCUGGAUUUUAAAUAACUGGUGCUGGAAUUUUUAGUUAAAUGAUGUAAGGACCAUUUCUUU